UCGCUGUUUCAAAAACAGAGCUCGUAUUUAGUUUCAAUUCCAAUUUUAUAUUUUCCUUCACAGUUUUUCCUUUUCCUUUAGUAUUAAAAGUACAUUUAUAUCAGAAUAUCUUUUAAAGGUUUCUUUUAUUAUUUUUAUGUGGUGAUUGCAGAGCAAAGCAUUCGACGAAUAUGCGUUCUCUUUUCGACUUAUAUUAUGGACGUGGUAGUGAAGAAUUCGAGACAAAUGAAUCGUUCCAGAUGAUAUUUUCGUGUUGGGCACUACUUGGUAUAAAACCAUUGAAACCUUACGGGUUCUUUCGAUCAUUGCACGUGGCGUUCGGGUGGAUUUGUCUGUUCAUGGGCCCGGUGGUUUUCGUUGUUGGCUUCAUGCAAGUUAUGCAAAAUUCAUCUAUGACCGUUAUACUUACUACCCUACAAGCGACACUUAAUGCGCUAGGUCUACCGCUAAAGACGUUCGCUGCGUAUUUUUACAUAGAUCGUCUACGUAGUGUCGAACCGAUUUUCAAAAGUUUGGAUGGACGUUAUCAGAAACCACAGGAACGUUUCGCAAUAAGAGACAACGUUAUCCAAUCGGUGCACUUAUUCGUAACUCUUCUCGUUUCAUAUUACGCUUAUUGUACCGUUUCUUGGCUAACAUCAAUUAUUACGCACACUCAACCUCUAAACAUAUGGUUGCCAUUUGUUGACUUGAUUCCACAUCCGACUAUGCACUUUUGGUUGCAUUUUCUCAUCGAGGUGGUUUAUUUAUACUUUUUACUUACUACUCAAUGCAUGAACGAUCUAUAUCCUGCUGUUUACAUCAAAGCCUUACGUACCCAUAUUACUCUGCUUGCGGAGCGCGUCAGCAGGUUGGGCGAGAAUCCGGAACUCACCGACGAGGACAAUUAUCUAGAAUUAAUUGAUUGUGUGCGCUCACAUCAGGAAUUAUUGCAAAUCUCUAAGGCUGUCGGCUCUGUUUUCUCGAUCACCAUCUUUAUACAGUUCACAAUAGCCGCCGCCAUACUUUGUGUUUGCAUGCUCAAUCUGUUUUUGUUUGCCGACGCGAGUCAUCGGGCAAUUACGAUUGUCUAUUACGGUUGCUUGUUGGUGCAAACCUCACUCACUUGCUAUCAGGCAUCGAUGCUUGAGGCGGAAAGCGUAAAGUUGCCUAAUGCGAUCUUCCAUUGCAAUUGGUGGAAUAUGGAUAAACGAUCGCGUCGUGUGUUGAUAUAUUUUUUGCAUCGCGCUCAGCAGGAAAUCGCUUUUGUAGCUGUUAAAUUUUUUAAAAUUAAUUUGGGCACCUUUUUGUCGAUCGCUAAAUUCUCAUUUACUUUAUAUACCUUCAUGAACCAAAUGGGCGUUGGCGAGAAUAUAAAGCAUCGACUGGAUUAAAGAAGCGAAGAUAU